AUGGCAGCUCUGACGAGGACGGCAGAGAGGUCGAGGUACAGUCAUGGCCAUCUACACUUGAAUUCCCUUCCGAGGCUGAAGUUCCAAACCCAUGCGCAGGUCGUCUUCGAUCCCGGCAAUCCUUACCGCCGCAAGAGUUCCAUGGUGUCCUCCGAUAUUCAGGCACCGCUGAUCCGACACCGGACCCGUCGCACCGAAUGCCUCGUCCACCAGUUCCUCGACAGUCAGCGGAGAGCCAAAGAUGCCGCCAGCUCCGCCAGCGAGGCGGACUCGGAGUAUUCGUUCGGUCCGACAUCGUAUCCUAGCCCGAGCAACAACAUAGAUGCUGCCGGCAGCAUGAGGGACAAGGGUCUCGAUGCCAUCCUCGACUCCAAGGCCGACUCCACGGCCCAGAAGAAGCACUGCGUCAUAGUCGACCCAGACAGCCUCGAGCAUGCGGAUGGCGGCCAGGCCGAUCAGCAAGCGUGGACGCAGCAGAUGACCAAAAGCAUGUCAGAGCUGGACCUUGCAAGCUACGACGAUGUACACAGUCGCCUCCUUACCAAGCAACAGCUGAGCGACAUGGCAUGGGGGGUUCGCGAGCUGAGCCGCCGGCUGAGCAGCAUGCGUAUCCGCUUCCGCGUCAAAACCAUCUUCCUCCUCACCAAGAUCUAUGACCAGGACCUGAUACCCAAGACUCGGGAGCUGACGCGAUGGCUGCUUCACCACGAUCAAGAGGUGAAGUACACUGUAUACGUCCAGGACAAGCUCAAGACACACAAGAAGUUUGAUGCCAAUGGCCUGAUCGAUGAAGUGUGCAAGGGCUACACAGCGUCGGGGGUUAUCGACGAUGGGACGGCGCGCGACUCCAUCCGAAAGCGUCUCAGGUACUGGAACGAGGAAAUGUGCAGUCAACGCCCGCACAUGUUCGAUUUUGUCAUCUCCCUCGGAGGCGAUGGGACGGUGUUAUACGCUAGCUGGCUAUUCCAGCGCAUAGUGCCGCCGGUUUUGAGCUUUGCGCUGGGAAGUCUCGGGUUCCUGACCAAGUUCGACUUCGAGGACUACCAGAAGACUCUGACCACGGCUUUCACCAAGGGUGUUACCGUCAGUCUGCGCCUGCGGUUUGAGGGUACUGUUAUGAGGAGCCAGCGGCGGAAAAGACCCGAGAUCGACCAGGGAUCGGAAGAAGAUGAGGACGAGCUCCACCGAAAGCGAGACCUGGUGGAGGAGUUGAUCGGCGAGGAGAGAGAAGACGAGCAUACCCAUCGGCCAGAUGGCACGUUUGAGAUUUUGAAUGAGGUGGUGGUAGACCGAGGACCCAACCCGACCAUGUCAUACACCGAAGUGUUUGGAGACGAUGAACACUUUACGUCUGUGCUGGCUGACGGUAUUUGUGUCUCAACCCCGACAGGGUCGACAGCAUACAACCUGGCCGCAGGUGGCUCGCUCUGCCACCCGGAAAACCCCGUCAUGCUGGUAACAGCGAUCUGCGCGCACACGCUCUCCUUCCGGCCCAUCGUCCUCCCCGACACCAUCGUGCUACGGGUCGGCGUACCGUAUGACGCGCGGACGGCAUCCUGGGCGAGCUUUGACGGGCGGGAGCGCAUCGAGCUGAAGCCUGGCGACUACGUGACCAUCAGCGCAAGCCGCUUCCCGUUCGCGUCGGUGCAGUCGGAGGGUCGGCGGAGCGAGGACUGGGUGAACAGCAUUAGCGGGAAACUGGGGUGGAACACGAGACAGAAGCAGAAGACCUUCAAGGAGUGGGAGAAGUGA